AUGUCUCGCAUUCAGAUCCCUCUCGACGUUAUCACGUCCCGCCUCAACUUCGGCGAUCGCUUCCAGGGCCUUCGAUCUGGACCCCUCAGCGGACGCUUCUCCAACUUGAGACCCGUUGGCGAGUUUCUCGACUUCAAGCGUCUCUCUAAGCCUGCCAACUUUGUCGAGAUGCAGUCGCGCGUCAACUACAACUUGAGCCACUAUUCCAGCAACUAUGCUGUUAUCUUUGUUAUGCUGAGCAUUUAUGCCCUGCUCACAAACUGGUUGCUGCUCUUCGACAUCAUCCUUGUAGUUGUCGGCAUGUGGUUCAUUGGCAAGCUCGAUGGCCAUGAUCUCGAGAUUGGCACUUUCCGUGCUUCUUGCUCGCAGCUUUAUACUGCACUCGUUUGCGUCGCCGUUCCCCUGGGUCUGAUUGCUUCACCUUUCACUACCCUGCUCUGGCUCAUUGGCGCAUCUGGCGUGACCAUCCUCGGCGGUCUAGGUGGUCGGCCGCAAUCUCCCGAAUUCGCGCCCCAAUGGGGAAGACCAUCGAGGCGCAGUCGGAGGAGAACAGACGGGGACUCUGCGUCUCGCGGACGUCAAGGAAGAGACGUUCGCGUGGAGGAGUUGGAUUCAGAUGAGGAUGCACGAGGUGUUGGUGCCAGCUCAGGCACCCGCUUUGCUAGCGAUUCUCUUCGGUUUACGGGAAUAGAUUUGGGUAAUCGCGAACGGGGCUUGGUACGAAGGGGUGAUUAUCAGGAUUCGGAGGACUCGGAGGAUGACAGUGAGAGCAGUGAGGAUGAGGAGUUUGAACAGUAUCUUGCUGAACUGGCUGUUCGCGAUCGGGAGGAAGCACUGGUCCAGUCGGCAAUGCACAGAAUCGAGCGUGCAAAGGCCAAAGGAAGAACAGAUGUUGAUCUCAACGAGGAAGAAAUGGGUGCCCUGGAGCGACGACGAAAGAGAGACGAGGCAGCGAAGAAGAAGAGCGGCAAGAAGCGUAAAGACCAGCGAGUCGCUGUGCCUCUCACCCAGCUGGAGCCGUCAUCGCGCAAAAAGAAAGCACCCCCAGUCUCUAGUCAACCACGCACACAGUCGCGAGCCCGGCAAUCUUCUUCUAACAGCAACCUUGCCGAGGAUCAAGACCGUCCGUCGCGACCUUCUAUGGGCUAUUUCCCACCGCCAGCGACAGCCGGCCGACCACGCUCAGGGACCUCGUCGCAAAGACCUCAAAGUCGAGUGAGGGCCCCUUCUAAUAGCCGUCAGCCUUCUGAUAGCUCAGUGAUUGUUCGUCGGGGUAGGAACUCGAGUCAAGCUCCCCUCGAUCCCUUCCAGUUCCAGGUUCCAGGCGCCCAGGCCUCUAGUCCAGCUGGGUCAUGGAGACAGUUCUCAGGGGCUCAGCGUUCAUCACGGGGAUCUCGUCAAAUCAACGGGUCAAGCGAGGAAGAGAGCGAGAGCGAGGAUGAGUCUGAUGAGGAAAGAGAAGCAUCAGUAGAGACGACAUCUAGUGACGAUGUUGGCAGUGGAGCUCAGAUUGUCGUUGAGGAAUCAUCUCCUGAGCCUUCUAGGCCCGAGCCAGUCAGGAGAAAUCCGCCUCGUACUUCUGCUUCAUCAUCCACGUCCAAGCGAAAGCCUGCGGCGAAUGACCAGGGCAGCUGUAAAUUCGUCCGCAUCCCCAACUCCGACUCCGACUCUGGCUCCAACUCCAUCUUCAAGUAUCUCACCCAAACCCUUUGGACUCAUAACGUGUAUAAACUACUCGCCUGGCCCCUGAUAUCGCAUUCAGCCAAAGCAAUGCCACCGUCAUCAUCAAACUCAGCCGCUGCGUCGCGAAGCGCAAGUCGACGACUGAUAAAGGAGCUGGAUACAUGGAGCACAGAGCAAAAGGAAGAGAAGGGCAUCGAACGUCUUGGGCCAGUCAACGAGGGUGACUUGAUGGAGUGGGAGGCCGUCAUCAAUGGACGAGAUAUAGGCCACGGCUACGAUGAGGGGCGCUGGCUCAUCAAUAUUUCUAUCCCAUCGACUUACCCCCUCGCACCACCAAAGAUGACGUUCGUCACGCCCAUUGUUCACCCGAAUAUUGCCCUACAAACUGGCGAGAUCUGCCUCGACCUGCUCAAGGACGCAUGGACACCUGCGUAUAGUGUCUUGGAGUGUGUUCGAGCCGUGCGCAUGUUGCUGGGCUGCCCUGAGACUGAUAGCCCACUUAACGUCGAUGUUGCGGCCCUGUUACGCUCCGGCGAUGUGCUUGGUACGAGGAAGCUAGUCGAGUUUUGGUGUCGGGAUUCUGAUGGGCGAUAUGAGGGGCCUUGA